GAAAAUUGUUGGUUGUAUUGGAAAAAGAGUAGUAUAUCAUCUCCGACAGUCCGAACUCAGCGUCUAUAAAUAUGCGAUUGGUAAUUUGGUCGCUGCAGCUUGCAAAUCAUACGCCCAGAUUAGAGUACAGUGCAGGCAACAAGUCUUAUCCUCACGAAUUAAAUAAGCAUGGCUGCAGAACAACAAAACGUUCGAGUUCAAGCCCAAAUCAAGAAUCAAGUAGACGGACGCUUGAACUUAUAUCGGAAUCAAAAUUGGUCCGGGCAAGUCGCUGGAAGUUAUCCUAUUAAUCUUAAUCCUCUAGAAACUAGGGACUUUGUGCACAAUGGAAUUGGUCCAAAUGGCUCCAAAGCCGCAAUUGUAUAUGAGAGGUUCACUAACAACGCUGCCUGGCUCGUUGCUUGGAUCUUCACCAACAAUAUUUAUAAGGUAUAUGCUGAGUGUGGCCCAAGACAGAAUUAUGCCAACCCCAAUUGGAAUGAGAUAGAAGAGAAGCUGAGAACCAGGGGUGGCCAAUCAACUGAAUUCGAUGACUUUGAAACUGGGACAGAGUUGAUUGCUUCCAUAAACGAUCGUGGAGCACUUAGCAUAACUUUUAAACUAGCAUAAAGUGGCUUAAUAUAUAUGAUCAUGUGCUUGCUAUCUAGCGAGUAGCGAGCAUUUAGAAUUGUUAUAAGAAUAAAUAAGUUAAGGGGAAGGCAUAAGUAUACAUGCCAUGAUGUCAAGGGAGUUAAAUGUCUAGAAAACUAUUUCUAAUAAAUAAAUAAUGGCCCUUUAAGUAU